CUCAUCUAACCCAAUCCAACUCCAACAGAAUUCAUCGUUAGAACUAACUCAUAGUCACAAUGUGCCGCAAGCUUUGGCCCGUCUACUCCUGCGGGCACGAACAAAUCCCUGCCCAAAGCACCCGCACCGAGUCCUGCGGAAACAGCUGCCCAGAACACUCCUGGGGUUCCGGUUACUACGAGCUCCCAACAGACUGCGGUAAUGUUCGCUGCUCAACAGCAAUACGGAACAUGUUUGACAAAGGCCAAGUGAAAAUUGCUGAUUGGAAGUGGAAUUAUGGUGCUCAUGCUGGUAAUAACUAUACCGGUGGUGGUUCAUCCUCGGGUAUGGGUUACGGUGGUGCCGCUGGUGGUGAUACUACUACGUAUGGUGGGUAUGGCGGUGGAUACGGCGGUGGAUAUGCCGGCUUUUCUCCGAUGUCCCCGUCGGGGCCGUCCGUGUCUUGUCCGGUGCAUGGUGGAUACAAUCCGGCGCCGUCGCCUCCCUUUCUUCAACCGUAUCAUAACACUGGCAGCGGCUACUACCAAGGAUACAACAACCCGGUGUUGCGUCCUAUGUCAGCACCUCCAGCCCCGUUUUUGGGUCAACCCUUCUUUUUACCUUUCCCACCGUAUGGCGGUGGCAGUCAAGGGUGCCCGCCUCCGACGAUUGUGGUGAGAUAUCGUCGGUAG